GCGUUACAUAAGAUCACAUUUGUACCCUGUCUCAGCCAUAUGAUCUUAGUAGGAUUAAACACUAAAAAGCAUCUGUGUCCAGUGUUCAUAUAAAGCUUGUCUGUUAUCUACUGAUCUGCCUUUUUAUCUAUACUGGAUUUGUUUCAAGUGCUUGUGUUACAUUAUCUGUAAUGUAUAAUUAUCAAGAGCACUGCUUUGUAACACUUUUUGGUUGUGUGUGGUAGCCCCCCUUGCAGCCCCCCCAUUUGCUGUUCUAUAUGUGGCAUUUAGACAGCUUGAGAAUCCGCUCCAAAUGUUUUCCAUAUUUGUUCAGAGCCUCCCUGAUUCCAAAUAGCAGCAAAGCCUCAGCUAGAACAAGAGCAACAUUGAGGGGGGGUGGAAAGGCACAAAAUACUGAGAUUAUCAGAAUGGGAACAGACGGGAAAAGCAACCCAAGCCCGGUCCCUAACAAUCAGAGCCAGGCAGGGAAACCUGGUGGAGAGAAGAGCCCAGACCCAGCUCAGGAAAACAAAGGAGACAUGGAGAAGAAUAAAGGGCAGAAGGGAAAGCUCAAGGCAGGCCAACAGGAGGAUUCCCAUACUUGUUGUGGCUGCCGUUUUCCUUUACUGAUUGCUUUAUUGCAGCUGAUUUUAGGCAUUUCCAUAGCAGUGGUGGCCUUUCUAAUGACAGGCAUCAGCUCCUAUUUGCUGACCAGAGAGACGCCACACUGGGCUGGGAUAAUUGUCUGUUUGGUCUCCUUAUUGGGCUUUUACUUGUACUGCAUAACAUACCUGCCUGAUGAGAGGACGUCUGUGCAAUUUAUUGCCAAGUUGGUCUACUUCUUGCUAUGUGCCAUUGGGAAAAUCAUAUGCGUCCUAGCGGUGGCUUUUGCAGGACAUCAUUAUUCUCAAAUCAACAACUUCACCUGCGAACCCACAGGUGAGAUGGAAUCCUGUGUCUGCAAGCUAGACCCAACGGAUCCGAUUGCCAGGACCUUUGAAUACAAAGAUGUGAAGGACUGCUCCACAAUCACCACCACUCUCAAGCUCUACUUCCUUCUGCAGAUUGCUUUGAACCUGACCCUGGCCAUUGUCUGUCUGAUCGGAUGUUUUGUGAUGUGGAAACACAGGUACCAGGUGUUCUUCGUAGGUCUUCAGCUCAACUCAGCCAAUGAGCAGAAGCAGCAGAAGGUGUAACCUCUUUAACUCUUUCUCACCACUGGUCCUUAUAAACGAAUUUCCAUUCUGCAAGAUAACAUCAAAUUAUUUUUGGCUUACUGAUCAACAAGUAAAGACACCUUCUGAUGACUCCACAAACAAGCCCAAGAUGAAGAAUCUAAUGACUGCAGGGACCCAGUUAGUUCUAAUGAGGGACAGUUGCUUUAUCUUGCCACAUAUUCUUCUUCAGGAAGGGGGGGGGGGUAACUAAAUACUAAAAAGCUACACACCUUGUGAGUCAUGCAAGUUAUACACACAAGAGCAUUUGGCAGCUUUCAAUAUUUUUAGUAUUUCAGAACAGGGUAACAGCAGAUGAGUAACACUACCAGCAGCUUUUAACGGACAGGUAGACCGAUUGUGCAAAUAUUGUGAUCUUUGCUCAAGUUUUUGAAAUCCUAGUUACUACAUUAACAAAUUUAACAAUAGGCCUAAAACCUAAUUUUCUAUAUUUAUCUUUUGGAAAAAAGCCUGUGGCACAUACAUGAUAUUAGCAAAUAAGAAUAUUAGGGUGUAGUGACCAUAUGUAACAGGAACAUCCUGCUUUCCUAAAUCAAAUAGUAGAAUUUACCAAUAAUAUUCUAGGUUAAAUACCGAAAUCAUAAAUAUAAAGAAAAACCCUUAGUCAACAUUGUAAAAUGUGUUGCAAUGCAUGUCAAACUGGACGAAUACAUUUCUUUAGAUUUAUUAAUAUAUUAAAUUGUGCAACCAAAUUAUUUUGGGGGCAGUGUAUGACAGUGGCCUAGUCUAUUUGCACAUGGUCAUUUAUCUUGUUUUUAGAAUUGAUUUGUAUCCAAUUUUCUUAUUUGAAAUUCAAACAUUUUAAAAUCACUGAAAUGUGUGGCAGAAUAUGAAUGCAUGCUUUUUUUUUUUUUUUUGCUUGCGAAGGACUGGACUGGAAGUCUUCAGUAAAAAAUGUGGUGGAUGCAUGAAUUCCUGGUGGAAAAUAGUACAGAUGAUAUAGGCCUAAUAUAUGCACAGUCUGGCACAAUAGGCAGUAGUCUUUGUUUAGCAGAGCAUGGAGACUGAAACUACCCAGGGCAAAGGUGCAUUGGCAGGGCUGUGAGGAAAAAUCCAGUGCUACAGCUGUCUACACUCAACACAACCAUAGAGGUAAAAAUAGAUAGGGAGCAGCAUCGGCAGCAUUGAUUAAAAUCACGUAAACAGUCCUCCACUUGGGGUUUGAAUGAAACAAGGAGGCUGAAACAAGUACCAGUAUGUGAACUUACAAAUGCAAAUCAAGUUAACCAAUGCGAAACAAUAAGUGAAGUGAAAAUAUAAAAUUAAUUUUGGUAUUGUGGAUGAAGGAAAAACAUUCAUUUGUGACACUGAUUUUCUCAGGCAAGAAAAUAUUCAAUGAAACCUUAGGCAGAACUGUUAAUCAGAACCCAAGCAGAGAGCAGUUAUUUGUUUAUGUCCAAACUGAAAAUCUGCUAUUGUGUAAGAGGAAAGUCCAGACUGUUUAAUAAUUCUAGAAGCCCAUAAUUAUUUGAACAUAUUUCUUAGAAAAUGAUCUGGCCUCUGCUGCUGCCUAAUUAUUGGGUUGAAAAUUGCUGAUUGUCUUGUGACCUUUAAACAAAAUGUCUUGUUAAUCAAAGUAAGUUCUCACUGAGCCAGUGAGAAAGAGCUGCAAUCUUUCAUAUCAAAAAAAUAUUACUGCCUGUUUUCCCACGUUCCCAACUUCAGAGUGACCUUAGAAGUCUACAAAUCUUCAUGGCAAGAAAAUCUUUAAGUUUGCUAGUCAUAUAUUAAUUGUAUGUAAUUUUCACUGAGAUUUAGAAAUGUUUGAGUCGAAACAUUAAGAAUUGAACACCGGUGAAAUAAGAUGGCUACCCUGAGAGUUAAGUAUUUAUAGGCAGGAGUCUCUGCUUAUUUGUGGUGCAAAUGUUGAUUUGAUUUAUUUAAGUGUAUUUUAGGUAUAUUUUUGGAACAGUGGUUAUGGGGAGUAAAACAGGUACACUGACUGGAUACAAAAAUAGCACUGGAAUUAGUGUUAAGCCCUAUACUUUUCAUAUAUUCAUAAUGUAUAGCCUUGGGGUGCUAAGAAUAGAAAAUUGAGGUUAUUAUUUAUUUAACGCUGCAGAGUCCCACAAUUUUUUCUAAUUUGAAACUAAAAUAAGAUUCAUUGGUGUUUACUGCAUCCUAUCAUAUCCAUCAGGAACCACUUUUUUGUUUUGUUUACAUUACCCAUAGCAUCACUUGGAGACCAACAUAGAUAUGAACUAAAACAAUUUUGGAUUCUGCACCUUUAAACGUAAGGCUCAAAAUUGUGUAAGAUCAGCAUCAGCCAAAUUCCUGAUUCACAGUGAUGACCUCUUAAACAAUAUUUAAAUACAGACACGAGUUUUGUAUUCAUGUUGGAAAAAUUCUGAUCUGUGGACUUAAACCAAUUUGGAUCUUAUUCUUUAAGUUUGUCCCUGCUGCACCUCCUUCUGGCAUUGGUGCCGAUUGGUUACAAGCUUCUACAACUAUGCUGAAACAUUUAAUAGGAGAAAGGGAGGAAUAAAAAGAGAGUGUAGCCAGCCACUGUUUAUGAUCUCCUUCCACCUCCCUACAAUGUGCCUUCACAUGAUCACCAUUUGCGCCUUGCUCAAACUCAGCUCACUGUAGGCGGACACUUGGGCCCAGUCCCAAAAUAUCAUGAGGGCCUGCAUAACGGAAGAGUUUAUGGGCUGAACUGCUGACUACAUAUAUAGAUGUUUAAAUAUAUAAAUAACCAUAUAUACAGACAGACAUAUAUACAGCAACAAAAUCAUGUACACAAAACAAGCAAAUGAUAAAAGACAAAAUAAUCGUUAGUAUCUGCUCUUAAAUUUUUGCUACUGUUAUACUUGGAUAUUUCUGUAAAAAAAAAUUAUAUGUUACAAAACAAGGGGAAAGAAAGGGGGACUCAGAGGGACAACUAAAUAAAUCACUUUCAGAGUUGAGCAGAUGCCUUCAAUGUUCCUUAAGUAGCAUGCAGUUCAUUUUGUAGCUUUAAGCAACAGAACAACAUGCCAGUGAAUUAACAAUGAUGGCCAGAGGGUAGUCAUAAAAAAUGUAACAUUUUAUAAGGGAAUUUUAAUAAAACAUUUUUAAAUCA